AUGAAGCUAAUUGCAAUUGCAAGGGCAGCAGUUCAUUCCCGUGCAAGUCUCCGCAGAGUAGUUAAUGGGUUCUUGCAGGUUAGGUAUUUUCAGCACGACUUCGUUCCUAGAGAUCCUUCGGUCAAGCCCAAGAAGUACAAGUACCCAGCUUUCUAUGAUCCGUAUGGUCCCCGGCCUCCACCAUCAGAGAAGAUUGUUCAGCUUGCAGAGCAAAUUGCAGCCCUGCCACCCGAGGAAAGACGCCAAAUUGGACCUGCUCUGGGGCUUAAGCUAAGCCAUCCGAAGCUCGAGACGAUCUCUACUGAAGGAAUGGAGUUGGGUUCAGCAGCCGGAGGAGGGGCUGGUGCAGGUUCUGCAAAGGUUGAGGAGAAGAAGGAAAAGACGGCAUUUGAUGUGAAGCUUGAGAAGUUUGAUGCAGCUGCUAAGAUUAAGGUGAUCAAGGAAGUCAGAGCUUUUACUAACUUGGGGUUGAAAGAGGCCAAAGAGCUGGUUGAGAAGGUACCUGUUGUGCUGAAACAAGGAGUCACCAAAGAUGAAGCCAAUAGCAUAAUAGAGAAGAUUAAAGCUGCUGGUGGCUCUGCUGUCAUGGAGUGA